AUGAAGAAAAAGCUUUUCAACAACAAUCUUUUCCUUCUAAUUAGUGAGCCAGUCUUAGAAACUUUACCAUUUCAACAGAAAGAACUAAAAAGAAGACAGAAACCAAAAAAGCAACAUCAAUGCCUUGAGCUCCACAAGAGCGAGAAAAAAGCAAACAGAACAAUUGAAGAACUUUGCGCAACAAAAAAAAAAAAGCACAGACAGUUUAUAUCUAAUUAA